AUGAUUUUACCUUAUGCUCUACUUAUAAAUAAUAUCGGUUUAUUUAUUCUUGAAAUUGUUGGUUAUCAUGUCUGUCAUAGUGUGGUCAUGCUUCUUGAUGGUUAUUAUCAUCUUUGUCAAGCUAUUUUAUGCACAGUACGAAUAGUUUCACCAUUAAUUCAAUAUACAUAUACAUCUCGACAUACAUAUGGUUUAGCUCGAGUUGGUGUUGUCGGUGAAUUAGUUGCAUUUGUUAGUUUUCUUUCAUUAUCAAUUUCGGUUUUUCUUGAAAGUAUUAAACAUAUCGUUGACGUCAUUUUUGUUAUACCAAAACGAGAAAGUAAUAGUUCAGCAUUAUUUACUGCUCAUGGUCAUGAACAUAUGCAUAGUCUUAUUGAUCAUCCUCAUUUUAUUCUUUUUGUUGGUAUUUAUGCUACUAUUUCAAAUAUUUUAUUAGGCAUUGGGAUACUUUAUAUUGUUAAAAAACGUUCAAUGAAAAUGCAUCAAUAUUUAAAGGAAAGAAGACCAAGUUUAAAACAACCGUUACCAAAGAAAUUAUUAUCAAAAUCAUUACUUAUUACUGAUACUUUAUCAGCUCAUCAUUCAUAUUUUCAAGUUUUAAAUAUGUUACUUGGUCCAAUAGCUAUAUUAACAUGUGGUAUUUUAUUAGUAUUCUUAUCUGAAAAACAUGAUAUUCGUGUCGUUUUUACUCGUCUUGUUGAUCCAAUUAUUGGUAGUUUUCUUUUUCUUUCAUAUUUACUUAUGAUAUCUAUUCCAAUGCGUCAUAUAAUGCAUCUUGUUUUACAAGCUAAUCCAUGUAGUCUUAAAUCAGAUGAAAUUGAAAAUUUACUUCGUGAUUCUAUUUCAGGUAUUUCAAGUAUUCAUGAACUUCAUAUUUGGCGUUUAACACCACAAAAAACUUUAGCAACAAUUCAUAUUGUAUUUAAUACAACAGAAGAUAUUUUAAUAAAAUAUCAAGAUAUUAAUUUUAUAUUUCAAACACUUCAUAUUGAUCAUGUUACAAUACAACCUGAAUUUUCAUUGCCUACAGAUAAAAUUGAAAAACUUGGUUGUCAUUAUCAAUGUUCAACAAAUAAUACUGAAUGUGGUCCAUUACAAUGUUGUGAAAAUGGAUCAAUUAAUAAAACACCAUGA